UUGUAGGAGUCACACCCCCUGAGCCCUGUAUCCCCUGGUGGAGCAGUGGGUGUUUGGCGGUGGCCAUGGAAGCCAGGUGGGGCGCCCAGCAGACCUAUGCCCCCCAGGGGAGGUUGAAGGGCGGGCCAGGUCCAGCCUAUGUGGGGAGCCCCUGGUCUGCCUGUCUGUGGCUGGGGGUCCUGAUGAGUCAUCACUGGGGUUUGUUUGAUCAGGAAUUGUUUGUGGUGGGGGCCACGGGGCAGGAGGGACCCCAGGUCCCUCUGUCUCACCCUGUCCCUCCCUCUGGCGGGGGUCUUCCACUGGCAGGGAGAUGGGAUGGCAGUGCCCUGUUCCCCGGGUGAAGGGGGGCUGUGACUACCUGGGCACGGGACUAAAGGGUCACGAAGCCGGGUCCCCGGGGGUGGGACAGGCUGCGGCGGGGAGGGACCUCUGCCCCCUGGUGGGCACCUUAUCUGCCGGUGCCAGGCAGGGCCAUCCCCGGGUGGGGGCAGCAUCUCCCUGGGCUGUUAUCAGCCCAGAGUCCACAGGACGCUCCUCGGGUUAACGUGUAACCACACGCCGUCCCCUCCACCCCCAAAGCCAUCCCUGCCCUCACACGGGCCACUCCGGGGGGAGACACAGGCUGACAUGGACGCCCAGAAAGAGGGGCUACCCCGAAACGCUCGCUUCUCAGCCCAACAGCCACGCCUGGUCGGCCUGACCCCCUUCUUCCUCGCCUGUGCUGCCUACUUCCUCCUCUGGGUUCCGGACGACCCACCGUCCUGGGUUGGCGCGCUGGUCAAGUGCCUGCCUGUGCUGUCCCUGGCCAGCUUCCUGUGGACGAGCCCCGGUGGGGACUGCAGCACUCACCGGCAGGCGGCCCUGCUCUUCUCCACCCUCGGGGACGUCUGUCUUGUUUGGCCCCAGGCCUUCCUCUACGGUGUCCUCGCCUUCACCCAGGCCCAGCUGCUCUACACCUGGGUCUUCGGCCUCAGGCCCCUGCGGCCAGGCCUCCUGCCGCCCGUCCUCCUGGUCUCCCUCCCGUUCUCUGGCUUUCUCCUGUCGCACCUGCAGCCCGAUAUGGUCCUGCCCCUGAUGGUCUACGGCCUGGCCCUGAGCACCAUGCUGUGGCGUGGCCUGGCCAGGGGCGGCAGGGCCUGCUGGGGCGCCGUGCUCUUCGCCAUCUCAGACUCGGUGCUGGCCUGGGACACCUUCAUCCAGCCUCUGGCCCACGGCCACCUGGUGGUCAUGGCCACAUACUACGCUGCACAGCUCUUCAUCACCCUGUCGGCCUUCCAGGGCCCCAGGCUCAAGACCAGUUGACUGAGGGCCCACACAGCCCCGCUGCAGAGUCCACCCACUCCCCUCCUGGAAGGACCUGGGCCUCCCAGCCAGACCCGGGUGGGGCAACACCCUUGGGGGCCGCAGCCAGCCUCCCAGCCUCCGCCUGCAGGGGCUUCUGCCCACCCGAACGCCUAACUGUGGGCAGAAUUCCGAGUCCACCCACCGCCAAGUUCCGAACACCUUCCCCCAGUUUUGGUUCCAGGUUCCAGGCCCCUCAGCCAGACCCUCGCCGGGCCCUCCCCAGGCCCCUGCCUGCCUCUGUGACCGCAGGCCGCCUCCUGUGUCCGCUGGCCCCCUUCCCUCUGGCCCUGGUUAUUCAUGUGUUGUCUGAAUAAAGGGGACGUGGAAAUGA